AUGUCAAGCCGUUUCCCGCAGCUGAACAACGGGCCAUUCAAGAUGAGCUUCGGCAUGCGGCAAUGGCAUCGGCAUCUUUUGCUCAGCGCGGGCAUGCUGAUGCUGGUUUACGUGCGGCAGGAGACCAUGUUCCUGAUGGUUUCGCCUUCUGGCAGGGAUCGCGUGAUCUUAAGGGCACGGAUACCACCUGAAGCUGAUCCUAGCAUUCCGUGGCAUCCACUCAUGAGGAAGGGCAGGCCGCAUGGCCCCAUCAGGCUGCCUGCCUCAUUCGAGGCUCUCCGAUCACUCCGAGUAUUCAAGGCACCCAGGUUGAAUGCCGAUUUGUUCCCAGAGCGUGUUGUUCAGAAGGGAACCCACUUCUCAGUCGAGGAAGUGGCGUACGAUGGGCAGGUCAGAGGGCAGCCGGUUUUCUUCCUGAAGCCGAAGAGGGUCUUCUACAAGGCCAACCGAAAUCUUCCCGAUGAUGGGGAGGACUACGGUGAGGGAGGUUGGCUGUGUGGCGUUGGCACGGAGAAGGGCGCCUGGUUCACCUUCCAGGUUUUCAAGAAUCGCGAGCGCCAGCGCGUCAUUCUGCAGGAUUUUCGGUUGUUGCCUGCGGCCGAGUUGGCUCAAGGACUUCAUAGCCUUGUUUCGUUCGGCCGACAUCGUGUCGGAAUCAUGGCCAUGGCUGCCAUGGUUCGCAGGUCCUUGGGGCACCGCUUCCCGGUUCGCAGCUUUGCUGCCAUGGCUCAGCCUCAGACGUUCGCCAUCUACCGCUAUGAUCCAGACCAGCAGGCCAAGCCUUUCCUGCAGGACUACACCAUUGACCUCAAGGCUUGUGGCCCAAUGAUUCUUGACGCGUUGAUCAAGAUCAAGGAUGAGGUCGACACCACGCUCACCUUCCGCAGAUCCUGCCGCGAGGGCAUCUGCGGCUCUUGCGCCAUGAACAUCAACGGGAAGAACGGCCUGGCGUGUUUGCUCUACAUCGAGCCCAGCCCCGCUGCCAUCGAGAUUCAGCCCCUGCCGCACACCUAUGUCGUGAAGGACCUUGUGCCCGACCUCACGAACUUCUACAAUCAGUACAAGUCAAUCGAGCCCUGGCUGAAGCGGAAGGACACGAAGGCCAAGGGUGAGAAGGAGUACUUCCAGAGCCGCGAGGACCGGGCGAAGUUGGAUGGCAUGUACGAGUGCAUCUUGUGUGCCUGCUGCAUGACCUCCUGCCCCUCCUACUGGUGGAACCCGGAGUACUACCUCGGGCCCGCAGUCCUGAUGCAGGCCUACCGCUGGAUCGCAGACUCGAGAGACCAGUUCACCGAGGAGCGGCUUGCAUGGGUCAAUGACACCAUGAAGCUUUACCGUUGCCAUGGCAUCAUGAACUGCACGAACUGCUGCCCGAAGGGCCUGGACCCAGCGAAGGCCAUCGUCCACCUCAAGGAGCAGGUGGCAGAAACCUACAAGGAUGGAUGGAAGUCCAUGAUGACGGAGCAGAUCGUCAAGAACAAGGGCCGCGAGUCUGGCAUGAUGUACAUACCGCUGCAGGAACGCUCGCAGUCGAUUCGUGACGGCAUUUUCUCGACCGUCAGGAGCGAGGCGCCUGGAAGGGAGUCGCAUCGAGUAGUGGAAUCACCUGGAGCAAGCUCCGGCGCCAUUUCCAAGGAUGCGGUGCGGACGGCGUGGACGUAUGUUGCAACCUUCAAAAAGCGGCAUAUGCUUGGGAUCGAGGCAGAUGAGACCCAGACGGUUCCCAUGAAAACUCUUCUCAACGCUUUGAGGAGCAUUGACCCCAACAUCUCUUUUGGGGAGGUCGAGUGGGUGAUGGGCAAGGAGAACGCGACGAAUGACACGCCGGUGAGUGUCGACGAUUUUCUGGACAUGAUGGCGGAGGACCUUCCUGACUUUGAUCCGUUGGAACACUCGUUCCACUACAUUUGUGAUGCUGAGGGACACAUGGACAUGGAGAAGGUCCGCGACACUAUGAUCCUGUCCGGGGAACUUGGAGUCACUGAGACCAUCCUCUCUGCGGCAGUUAAGAGGAUGGUCGAAGAGCAAACCACAACUCACAAGAAGAAGAAAGGGCCCAUCGAGUUCCGUGACUACAGGAAGUUAUUCUCCUUGAAACCAUCAGGCGCAGAGCAAGGUGUGCGCGUGUCCAAGACGGGCCAGACCUCCAUGGCAUGA